AUGGACCGCGUGUCCUUCCGCAUGCUGCUGACGGAGGAGAUGGGCUCCAGCAAGGUCUCGUCCGUGCUGCGCAAGUAUAUGGACGAGUUCCCGAUCCUGAACAACAACUGGUCCGACCAGGAGCUCGUGAUGAUCGUGUGCGCGCUCAUCAAGAUGAACCGCAGCGAGAUGGCGCUGGAGGUGCUGCGCAAUCAGAUCAAGGAGCCCAACCGCGACCGCCUGAACCGCGUUGCGGCGGCCAGCGCCAGACUGGGCAACGCGCAGGUGGCUCUGGGCGUGCUGGAGAUCACCAACCACUUCAACAUGGUGCCGGAUGUGGUCACGUUCACCAGCGCCAUCCACGCCUGCGCCCGUGGCGGCAAGUACGACAUCCCGGUGGCCCUGAACUUGCUGAACGAGAUGAUCUCCGUUGGCGUCAAGCCGAAUGCGCGCACGUACGGCGCAGCUAUCUUGGCCUAUGCGAGGCUGCAGCGCUGGGAGGAAAUCGAGGAGCUGGUGAGCUCCAUCCAGUACAAGGACGACGCGCACAAGACGGAAGUGUUCACGUGCGCUAUUAUCUCGUGCGCGCGCAACCGGCAACACCACUACGCGUCUCGGCUCUUCGAGUUGCUGCUGGAGGAUGGCGUCUAUCCGGGUGAUAAUGUUUGCAACGCCACGCUGAGCUCCUGCGCGCGGACAUCCGACUUGACGCAGCUUCGCCGCAUCUACAAGCUGGUCGAGCGGCAUACUACACCGUCGAUAUACUCCUUCAACUGCAUGAUCUCGGCGUUUGGCAAUGCUUGCAAGAUGGACGAGGCGAUGCAAAUCUUUGAGACCAUGCGCAAGGAAUCUACCGCCACCCCGGACGUCGUGACGUACAACACCCUGCUACUCGCAGCGGUGCGCUCGCGGAAGGUGGACAUGUUCCCCAAUAUCUUGUCGCUGAUGAGCGAGGCCGAACUCAAGUGGGACGCAUACACGUUGAACAUUCUGCUGGAAGGCUGCACGUUGACUGGUGACAGCGAAAUGGCCAGGCAUUACUGGUCAGAGGCGACACAAGGAAACCAAUCCGGCUCGGAUGAAUCGGCGGAGGACAAAACAACCAAACAGAAUGUCACCCUGGACCGUGCACACUACGAGACGCUCAUGGGCGUUUACUUCGCGGCCAAGGACUAUAAGGCCACCAUUGAUCUGUGGCAGAACGACAGGCUCUGUCGCCGCCGCGCCAAGAGCUCCAAGUCACUCAACUUCUUGAUCCGCGCAUGUGAAGGCCUCAAGGACGACAAGACGGCGGUGGCGAUCCUCGCUGAGUUUGCCGACCGUGGGCAGCCCCUGUCAUCAAUUACGCACCACCACAUGCUGGAGGUAUUUCUCGCCGCCGACAAGUACAAUGCUGCGUCGGCGUAUCUGCACAAGAUGCUAGAGGUGGACGGCUUGGUGUCCACAUUCUCGUUCACAGUGCUGAUCAAGUACCUGGCCAAGAACAAGCGCCACUCGGACGUGCUGGCGAUGUUUGAUCUGUACCUGGAGACGCGUGAGACUUCCUCUAAGGGACAGAACCCGCUGCUGCACUACCCGACGGACGCAAUCUACAUUCUGACAAUGCGCUCGGCUGUGGAGCUGCAGGAUCACGAGACUGCGCUUGCCAUCUACGGCGACCUGCCCACCACGAUGUCCAUGGCGGUUCGUACGGAGCUGCUCGUGUUGGCCAUCUCGUCGUGCGAGCGCGAGGGAGACUGGCGAGCUGCUGUCACGAUGUAUGACGAGAUGACCGGGAAGCUGGACGAAGACACGAAUGUGGAGAUGUACAAGCACAUCGUGAAGAUUGUCGCUAGCGCCGGCGAGUUUGACCGCGCUCUGGACGUGGGUGGAGGGCAAUGGUACCGUCAGAACCGGCCUGACAAGGGCUGGGGACUGUAA